AUGGGGAAAGAACACCUGACGUUCAGACCCGUCGGAAGCGAGGCGCUCCGUCAACAUCGCGUCUCGGGGGAGUGCCGGGAACUCCACGUGGCCGUGUGGGCCAACAAUUGUCACAGCCAACCAAUUACCAACCCAAGUGCUGCUCAAGGUCAAGGCAAGGCUGCACAGCGUCGGUCGACGACCUUUGACCGCAGGUCAAACCACCGAGCACGUCAGCCAAAGCGCGUGGUUAAGCGAACGUCAUUCGCCGACCCAUCGACACCUUCACCGAGAUUCGAAAUCAUCAGCCAGCAUCCGAGAGAUGACUCCUCAGCAUUAGGAGGCGUCACCGCCUGCCAACAGCUCUCUCCAUCGCCGCCAGGUAACAGGAGCACAGGGUCUGUUGGAUAUGUUCGUGACACGGAAAGUGGCCACCUCUACAAUCGACCAGGUCCUCACUCUUGUAUGAAAUCUCUACGAGAUGGUCACAAGGAAUGGAAAUUGCCUCCUGACAGGUAUCGAUUGGCAAACAAUUUAUCGGAUUUGGCAAGCAAAUCAACAGGUACCAAAGGACCUUAUCAAUGUUUCACAGGGGAGCGUUUUGAAAACUUGCUGCCGGUUCCGAGCGGGUCAGCAAAUCAAUCCAAGAAUCGAAAUCAUCAUUUGUUGCAUAUUCCGGCGGAAAUGGACCGGCUCAAUCAUCCCCGGCAGUACUUCGUGGGCAAAAUUCGACCUGGCGACAAAAACAAACAGCGGCCCUGCUCUCGGCUGGCAAUAUCCCAGCCUACGCACUGUUGGCGAAAUCCGCGAGAUCCGGCCCCGAAUCAGUACUUCAAAGGCAUUCUUGACAGUCCCACCGGUAAAUCCACGGAUAGGCGUCGCCGUUCUCCGGUCAAAAAUUUCCUCCGCGAAGCUACCGUGCACCAUUCCUACUGCAGGGAACCAUUCACUAGACCCGGCUCGGGACGUUAUGAUUUAAUGACUGGAAUGCCUCCCCCGGUGCCUCCUAGAGUGGCGAAACCCAUCCGGGAGAAAACCCGUGAAAAUUUCAGUUACAACUUCGCUUGGAAUCCACACCGGCAACCAGAUCAUCUGCUGAUGCAUACCGUAAACAUUCCGAUUAGACGCCGCCGGCGAGGACGGAACAUGAAAGUGGCCUUUGGAAGUGGAUCGGCUCGGUUCAAGGGUCAAGCUUACAUUCCGAUUGGGGCCAUGACGACGGCCAUCUCAAGCGUUAGGAAGGAUUCAUCCACGGGCAGCGAAAUCCCAUCGCCACUCGGUGGCGGCGCCCGGGCAAAAGAAGUUCCGGGAGCCGAAGAUGAGGAGGACAAAACCGAUUUGCUUAUAGAUUUAAGAAAAACUCCGACAAAAUACUUCAUUAUCCCGAAAAGAGGUCACCAACGACGAUUGUCGCAGAUUGUGGAUCUUCAGAGGACCUCUGGAGUAGCCGAAACGACUAAGAGAUCGUCAUCGACUCGAAUCAGUCGUAUCAUUCUGCCGGACGAGAUAGCUCUUCCCACCAUCGAGGAAUCACCCGUGCAGGACCAGGAAGAACAAAUCGAAAUUAUCGAAGAACUACCAGUUUCUGUAACUGAACCAGCUGGGGAAGUUUUGAAUAAUGACAAUAGUGAAGAUGUUGCUGAACCACCAAUGAGUGAGCAACCAGAUCAGGUCGAGCAAGUAGAAAAAGAGAUAGAAGCUCCUGAAACUGUCGAGGAGCAACCACAUCAGGAUGAGCCAGCUAAAAUUGAGAGUGCCGAAAAAUUACCCAGUUCAGAGAAUGAGCCAACAAAUGAAUCGUGAUAGUUAAAUAA